AUGUCAAAACGCUCUAGUUCCUCGGUUCCCCUGACGGCUGAGAAGUCGUACUCAAAGAGGAGGAUGGACUCUCCGAUAUCAGAGUCUGAGCUCGGGAUCUUGUCUCCGGCUCCUUUAACUUGUGUCUCGCCGCCUUCUUUGGAUGUGGGUCCAUUGUCGUCAGUUAUGGAGGAUGAUUUAAUCCAGUGGCGAAAGGACUACCAGCUCUCUUCAUCUGUUGUCCUUCGUGGGACUCAUCUGGCCCGUACGGGCGGAGAAGCCAAUGUUCUCAGGGCUCGCGCCCUUCCCCUUGCGCAGCGUCAAGUGGCCCAUCUCUUAAGUCUCGCCGUGAUGGGUCGUAUCAGGCUUCGGGACAGCAUGGUUGAAGAGGAUCCGAUCGAGGCCUUUAACAGGGCAAUUGAGGCAAUUUCAGAGAGGAAGGGUGUUGCUACCUCAGUCGCUUCGGGGGAUGACGUUAUGAUAACUGGGAGCAGACGUAAGAUGGUAAUCAAAAGCGAGGCCGUUCCCUCUUUUCAGUGGAGAAAGUUGAGGAGUAUGACGGCCACUCGGUUGUCUCAACGAACUUUUGGCUCUGAAUACGUGGCUGGAGGUUUGUCCAAAGUUCUCAGAGAUCUAAAUGCUAGGGUGUUCUCUCAGGAGAGUGUCCGUUCUUCGGGUGGAGAUCCCGCAGAGGUGAUCUUAAUUCUUCAGAAGAAACUUCUUCAGGCCAAGAUCAAGGCGAUUGAAGGGGCAGUGGACACCUCUUCCUCGGAAGCUUUAGAGCUAGGCCGCAGGAAUCAAGAGCUGGAAGAGGCUUUGGAGAAGCUAAGAAUCGAGAUAAAGGCCUCAGAGGACGUGAAACUGAUGGCCGUGAAUGGGGCAAAAUCACCUCCCGAUGGGAUGUGA